AUGACUGGCUGUUCUCUACCGCCGUCUGGGAUUGGAAGGGUGGUGAGAGGUCUUGUACAGGCCGGUGAGGUGGGUGCCAAGAAGGCGCUGUGGACCAUCUCGAGCACUGAGAUUCUGUGUGCAAGGAUGCACUCGUGGCAGUCAGCGUUGGGGUGCUACGUUUUUUUUUUUUUUUGCAAGCGACAUCUUCCCAUCGCAGAUAAGGGAACCAACCUUAAUACCACAAUAACCUUGGGCGUAUUGAGGUCGUCCGCUAACUCAGAGUUUAAUCCAGCGAGAAGUCAAGUUCACGGUGAAAAAAGUCUUUGA